GUUCAAUGAAAGAUUCAUCUAAAAAUUGCAGUAUAUUUUUGUUUUCUAGUUAAAAAAAAAUCUACCCAGCAUUAAAAUCAAAACAAUCGAGCUGUUUGGUUCUUUCCCUAUUUGUACUUUUGUUUGAUUUCUUAUUUUGUAAUGGGAGUAACUUUGAUGCUUAUUUUUCUUUCUAAAAAGCAAGUAGAUCACUAGAUUGGAUCAUAGUUGCCAGAACUGAUUACUGGGACCAUAAAACGCCCAUUUGAAAACUUUGGUAAAGGUGUCUGUUACUUGAUUCUCACUGAGAUGCCAGAUGAGCUAAGGCGAGUUGAUUUCGAUUUUUAAAUACCCCAGAUGCAAUUUUAUAUUUUCUCUGUUUUCACAAUCUACGUUUAUUCCUGAAAGAAAACGGUGGUUGUUUGACUAUCACUCUUACCUACCGCCAUUGGAGACUGGAGUUAAUCUUAAGCAAUGGUUCUUGGAUUGAGGUCAAAGAACAGCAGAAAGGGGGGUUCUGUUCAGGUUGACUUUAUCAUAUAUGUAGAGGAUCUUAAGCCAUGGCCUCCAUCACAGUCCCUUAAAUCUGUCCAGUCUGUGUUGUUUGUCUGGGAAAAUGGUGAGGAGAGCUCGGGAUCCUUCGUGUCCGAUGUUGGAGAUACCAGCAUUGAAUUCAACAAAUCAAUCACUCUCCAAGUGACUUUGUGCCGAGACAAAAAGGCUCCAGAUAAAUUCCAGAAGAAUAUAUUGGAUUUUUACUUUUAUGAGCCUCGGAAGGAUAAGGCAAGUAGAGGCCAACUCCUGGGGACUUGUGUGAUUAACCUUGCUGAUUUUGGGGCUACUGAGAAGGCUAUCAGCAUUUGCACUCCAGUGAACUGCAAAAAGAGUUCGAAAAGCUCGGAACAGCCAUCCCUGUUUAUUACAAUUAAUUCGUAUUACAGUGGAAGCACAAAUUCAUCCCCAAAACCAAGCUUCUCAAAAGAAAAACACAAUGACUAUGACGGACAAACAUCUGUUGCAGAUGCAUUGAACGAAGAAAAUGAUGAUGAAUGUGAGAUUGCCGAUUUCACUGACGAUGAUGAUGUGUCAUCGCGCUCAUCACAAAAUGCCUCAUUUUCUACCUUUAAAAGUUCAAGUGGUCCACCUUCUCGACCCUCAAUGAACAGAGUUGAUACAACAAUUUCAGGUCUGGCUACUGCAGCUCCAUUUGCUAAUAUUUUUCGUGAAGAUUUAAGAAGUUCAGAUAGAAGCAUUACUUCGAUGUCCUCAGAAAGAUCAUCCUUGAAUGCUGAAAAAAACACUAGAAAUGAUAAUAGUUCUUACACCAAAUUUUAUGAGAGAAGCAUGACAUCUGUCCCAAAAAAGAAUGCUCACCCUGUCGCCGAAUCUUCUUCUUCAUUCACAAGUUCCCUAGGUCCAAAUGGGAAGCCAACAAGCACCAAAAGAUGGUCUGAUCAGCUACAACCUGAACAAGAUGCUGAGCUCUUGGUGGAUGAAGUUCAGCAUUUCUCAGAAAUGAAAUUGGCUACUAACCCUUCACCAGAUGCAUGGAGAAAAAGUAACCGGAGGAGUGAGACUCUAAAUUCAAACAAGAAAGAAGAUGCAGUUCAGGGAUCUAACAGUGCAGAUGGAAAACUGAAGCACUCCAAGUCUCUUCAGCCGAACAACUUGGCUAACAGAAAUACAUUUCUUGGCGGGAGCCAUAAUAAUACAGAAAAGACAGUAUCGCAUAAGUCAUCACAUGGGCUUCCUGAUCGUAAGAAUGAUUGGAAGCACAAAGUUGAGAUGCUUGAGGAAGAACUUAGGGAAACUGCAGUUCUUGAGGUCAGCCUUUACUCUGUUGUUGCUGACCACACAAAUUCUUCAAACAAGAUCCAUGCUCCAGCUCGUCGCCUCUCUAGGUUUUAUCUUCAAGCUUGCAAGAUGAAGUCUCGAGAUAAACAGGCAAGUGCUGCAAGAGCUGCCAUUGCAGGUUUAGUUUUGGUUUCUAAAGCAUGUGGGAAUGAUGUCUCCAGGUUAACUUUUUGGUUAUCCAACUCAAUCGUGCUGAGAGCAAUUGUUAGUCAGGGUACUGUAGACAUGUCACAUAACAGCACAAGUAAAUCUGGUACAACUGGAAGGUCUCAUAAGCAAAGAAACGAUAACUUUUUCACAAAAGAAUCGAAGAAAAGCCUAAAAGAAGAAGAUACUGACUGGGAAGAUGUGACCACUUUUGUGUUUGCACUUGAACAACUUGAAGCUUGGAUCUUCGCUCGAAUAAUUGAGUCUAUGUGGUGGCAGACUUUGACUCCAUAUAUGCAAAGCAGUGUCCCUACAACCAGUGAUAAACCUAUGAUCUCUAAUUCUAAGAAGGGAAGAAAACCAGGCUUAGGAGAACAGGAGCAAAAUAACUUCUCAAUAGAGCUAUGGAAGAAGGCUUUUAAGGAUGCUUGUGAAAGGCUGUGCCCAGUUCGGGCAGGAGGAAAUGAGUGCGGCUGUUUGCCAGUGCUGGCAAAACUGAUAAUGGAACAAUUGGUGAGUAGACUGGAUGUGGCAAUGUUCAAUGCAAUCCUACGUGAAUCAGAUGAUGAAAUGCCAACAGAUCCUGUGUCUGAUCCUAUUAGUGAUGCUAAGGUCCUUCCAAUCCCUGCAGGGAAAUCAAGCUUUGGUGCUGGUGCACAACUUAAGAAUGCGGUCGGGAAUUGGUCUAGAUGGCUUUCUAAUCUAUUUGGAAUUGAAGAAAAUGAUCCUCCUCCCAGGAGCAACAAUAAUCUUUUGGAUGGCAAGCAACUAGGGCUCUCCAAGCCCUUCAGACUUUUGAAUGAGUUAAGUGAUCUGAUGAUGCUUCCAUGUGACAUGGUGGCUGAUUCACAAACCAGAAAAGAAGUUUGCCCGAGAUUCUCUCCCACUCUGAUCAAGAGGGUUCUUAUCAAUUUUGCCCCUGAUGAGUUCUACCAAAAGCCAGUUCCCGAAGAAGUUUUUGAUGCCCUUGAUAAUGAGGAUCAUGUGGAUGAAAGUGGAGAGUGCCUCAUUAGCUUUCCUUGUAGUGCUGCUCCCAUUGUCUACUCAUCUCCUCAUGCAGCUUCAGUCACCACUGGGACCAUGGGAGACGUCGGGUCUCUAACAUUAUCACACAUCGGAUUGUCAAUUUUAAAAAGAUCAUACACUAGUGACGAUGAGUUGGAUGAGCUUGACUCACCCUUGUCUUGUAUUAUGGCUGAUAGAUCUCGGGAUUCAUCUUUAAAAAAGAUUGACUGGAAAACCAAUGGCAAGGGAAGCCGAAAUAUUGUUCGGUAUCAACUACUCCGUCAAGUAUGGAGAGACGAAGAACAAUGAACACUGCUGUGGAAAAUUUGUUGAGAUAUGUUCCCUUUGAACUACAUUUUUGAGAGGGAUCCCACAACGCACUUACUAACCCUUCCAUUUAGCAUUUUAGAUGAAGUGUAGAUGGUGCUGUUUAUAUUUAGAUGAAAUGUCUUGUAAGAUAUAAUGUUUACCACGCUGAUCGAAUUGGUGCUAUGUACAAAAGUUUUACGAAAAACACUUGCAUUGCAAAUUUAUUAUUUGGUCCGUGCUAUUCUCAUUGAUUAAAAAAAUCAAUACAAUAUCAUAGUCUU